AUGGCUGCCUCUGCUGGUGGUGAUUUACCGAGCGAUUUUCCGGUAAAUGAAGUGAAUAUGCUUGGACCGGUGAUACAUCUGUUGUUGGAUAAAGCUGAAGAGAUUCGGUAUGUGACGAGAUUCAAAAGACCGAGAAACUGGAAGAAUCUAGUGUUGGAAAGAAGUUUAAUCCAACUUGAGAAGAUGGCUCGACAGAAUGAAUUACCGCCUCAGUACCCUAACGAUGAAGACAAAUACGACAAAGAGCUAUGGAGUUUGGAAGCAAAUAAAGAGGAUCAUAUCAUAACUGGAAUUGAAGUUGAAAAACAGCGCGAAAUGCCAUCAUCUGGCAAACGAACACCUCUAACAAAGAUUUCAGUAAGUCCAUCGAUAAGUCCAAAUCAACAAGAACCGGAUAAAUCAACACCUGUGACGAAUCAGUCGUCUCCCGAGAUCAACGAGAAUAUGAAAGCUGAAAGUGUUCCAGCGGAGAAGGCCGAAUUGAAGCAAGCUGUUACUGGGAAAGCCGAAAACGAGGAAUGUACUCAAACAGAAAAAAGUCCGAUAAAUAGAGCAUCUGAUGGAGCAAAUAAGCAAGCAGAUAAUAAGGAGGAAGUAGCGAAAAGCGUUGAGAUCAAAAAGCAAGAUCAACAGUCACCUAUAGAGAAACAAUCGCCUGUCGUACCACCAAACUUGUCACCAGCAGUUGAGCAAGGAAACAUGGAGAAGACCUAUUGUGCAGUACCAUAUGAAUCUGAUGCACCGGAGAAAUCAAAAUUAUUGCCAAAGAAGAAACGAAGUAGGAAGAAGAAAAGAGCAAGGAGAAGCCGGAAAUAUUGGAUUGGCUCGGUAAGUAGUCAGCAUCCGGAGAUACUGUUUUAG